AUGUGCAAGCCAAUAGACUGCUCUAGCUGCACUGGAAAGACAUGGAUUGGUUGUGGAUUGCACAUCCCAUAUGCCAUGAGCUUAGUUCCAAAGGACCUGUGGUGUACUUGUAUCUCGGAAUCAGGUGUUGAAAGUGAAUAUCCUCCCAAGUUUGGUGAUGGAGUCGCAUCUGAGGAAAAUGAAUUAUCGGUCAAGAUUCAUCCUAGAGAAUCAUUAGCCUAA